CGAAUGACAAUGAGAGACUAGGAGGGUCGGGUCGGGAUCGUGUGGAGGAAUAAGAGGGAGAGGUGUAAAGAUGGGGUCUAGUGGAACGGUCGGGAAGGGAGGAAGAGGAAGAGGAAGAGGAAGAGGAAGAGGGACAAGGGUAAGAAGAUGACCUGUUCGGACAAGGAGUGGGAAUACUUUUGAUUAUAACGCCGUCUGCCUUGGGAUCUGGCACGAAGUGGGGAAUGGUGCGAGUUGCGAAGGGACUCGUCGAGUCCCUCAACAGAGGUCGAUUUGAGAAAUACGUCGGAGGGUCCGUCGGAGACGCGAUGAAAGCUGCAGAGCGAGAACGGUACGCCGGCGGUACUAGGAUAUCGGCCAGAGGUGGAGAAGGAACAGUGCUAUAGCCAACAGAGAUUAGACGAGGCGGUGUCAAAUGGGGUGAAGAAUGUGAGGAGGACAAAGGAAUGGCACUGUUGUCGGAUGCGGUCUGGUCGCUCUCGAUCGUGGGGUGAAUGUUUCUGGAUAACCUCGCUGCCCUCGGUGUUGGUCCUUGAACAUUAUCAUGUGACAAGGAUGAUGGGUCGUCAAGGCCAAGCACUACCGGGGUUGACGAUGGAGCUCGAUCCAAGGGAUGUAGGGGAUGGUUCAUCCCAAAAAGUUCAUUCCUGUAGUCAAGUUGUCGUGUUUCGACUUUUGGCUCCUCCCCACUUGCGGCUAGGCUGUUCGUUCCGGGGGUUUCACUCAGG